AGACACGUGCAGAAUACCCUAAUUUCCCCUGCGCACUGCUUCUCCCCACGGCGCACGCCAGCCGUCAGCCCGUCACCGAUUGUUCUGGCUCCUGCGCGCCGCCAGCCCCGCUUGUUCUGGCUCCUGCGCGCCGCCAGCCGUCAGCCCGUCACCGAUUGGAGAUCCUUGGACACCUGCGCGCCGCCAGCCCGUCACCGCUUGGAGACCCGCGCAGCCGCGCUUCCCUGCGCGCCGCCAGCCGUCGCCGAUCCGUGGCCGCGUCCGCCGCCGCCAGCCCUAAGGUCGCGCCGUCAGCCAGCCCGUCUGCCGUCGUGAGGAAUUUUUCUGGUAAUCAGCAUGGCACUGUCAUCAAUGUUUAAGAGAAUAAAUGUGAAAGAUUUGACCUCCAAGGUUUCAGUCUAUACCAGUGCUACAGAGUUAUCUGGUGGACUAAACAUGAUAUUUAGGCGCUGGGCCACGAAAAGGACUGCUGGAUCAACAAAAAAUGGUCGCGAUUCCAAUCCAAAGUAUUUGGGGGUAAAGAAGUUUGGUGGAGAGAAAGUACUACCAGGGAACAUCAUUGUCCGCCAAAGAGGGACCCGCUUCCAUCCUGGAAACUAUGUUGGCAUGGGCAAGGAUCAUACACUUUUCUGCCUGAAAGAAGGCAAUGUACGCUUUGAGCGCAACAAACUCUCAGGCAGGAAAUGGGUUCAUGUUGAUCCAGUUGCUGGUCAUGAUCUUCACCCCAUUUACGCAGAUGGUUUUGCUACUACAUCCGACACUGAGCCAAUGCAAUAAAUGUGCUUGGGGAUUUGGGCUGUCAUUUUGUUCCAACUCAUUCAGCUGCCAUUUUACAGUUUCAUGUGUAAACUUUAGCAGGCUUGAACGUAGCUGGAUCUUUUCUUUGUAAUCAUAACUACUUUGAAUAAUAUAAGUUAUACACUGUAAGCUUUGUUCUCAUGGUUAACUUCAGAUUUCAAAUAUGAUGUCACUACAAUGGAGUUCUUAUCAUUGUAGAGGUUGUUUUA